AGUAUUAGAUUAUAACAUCUAACCUCACAAACCGCGCUUCCGAAACCAGGAAGACGAAAGCAGGCAGAUAUAUACAGAAAUCACAAUAGCGGAAACGGUGGAGAGAAGACGAGUUUCCGAUCACGAGCAAUAAAAAUGGAGCAAAACCAGGCGCUCAUUAAGGUGGAGCAGACAACCCCUCAAAAAAGCAGAGGGGCGGCAUCAAUGGCAUCUCUUAAAACGCCCAGAUCAGCGACCAAAAAAAAGUCCUCGUCCACGGUUGGGACGUACGCCGUCCAAUGCGUUAAAUGCUUAAAAUGGAGAAAAAUUCCAAGCAAGGAGCAAUAUGAAGCAAUCCGGCAGAGCGCCAUUGAGAACCCCUGGGUGUGCUCACGGGCUUCUAGCUGGCGCCCCCGUGCUUCAUGCCAUGAUCCUCCCGAUCUCUCUCCAGAUUUGUCCCGCCUUUGGGUAAUUGAUAAACCCAACAUUCCCUGCCCUCCCAAAGGAUGGGAGCGCUUAUUAACACUCCGAGGGGAAGGCGCCUGCAAGUUUGCCGACGUCUACUAUAUUUCUCCCUGCGGAAAGAAAUUAAGGUCUUCGGUCGAGGUUGAGAGAUUCUUGGAAGAAAAUCCAAAAUAUAUUGAACAAGGGGUCACAAUUUCACAGUUCAAUUAUCAAAUUCCUAGACCGCUUCACGACAGAAAACGUUCGACUUCGGAGGCCCAGAUCCAAAGUGACUCAGGUCGGAGCAGAAGUAGAAAGACGUGAAAGUAAAUUGGUUUGCCAUUUUCAUUGUGGGAUUAUCAUAGAAGAUUUGUAUAUGUACCUGUCCUUUUUGUUUUUUGCACUCGUUUAUCAAAGGUAACUGUUUGUUUUUCGAACGUGAAAAAUGACUCUAAAUGCCCGGACCUAAAUGGGUGUACGAUUAAUUCAUGAUCCCGGAACAACGAUUUAUGAUUUUUUGUAUCUUUUUAAUAGCCGCUAGGCUUGAAACAUUUUCGCCCUGAUGACGAAUACAUAUUGUAUUAUUGUUUUUCAUUCUUAAUAGCUACUAGGGUUGAAACCUUUUACCUUGA